CAUCCACGACCCAACAGUGUAUAAGAGUGUUAAAAAGUACAGGGAAUGAACUGUCGUUUGAUAGUUAACAAAAUAGCUAUUUAUUGCAAAUAUUAGGAAUACUACGGUAUUGGUAACUCUAAGUUGGGUUGCAAGGAAAAAAAAUGAAAGAAAGAAAGAAAGAAAAAAAAAAGGACAAAAAGAUGAAAGAGAGUGAAAAUAUGUUUGUUUAUUUGCGAUGUAAGUGACAUGAAAAAGGAAAAUCAUCAAUUUGAAAAACAAUGAAUAAAUUAAUAAUCUAGUCUAUCGCGAACAUUACUUGGUAUUAUUAGGAGAAAUUUUUUGGUUUGAAGGCCUUUUUCUGAUUAGAUAAUGCUCAUUGCUCAUUAUUCUUUAGUCAAAUUAGAAAGAAAAAAAAAAAACCAAAAGGAACUACGAAAGUUGGAAUUGCAGAAACUCCAUGCUCACUGGUACAGUCUCAGUUUCGCUGACAAAUCCAAUCUCUGCACGACGACACUCCCUCUUUCUGCUUGCCACGCUCUUCUCCUCCACUCGCGAUGUCUACCACGCCAAUCUCAAGAUCACAUCCCUCUCACGCGCUGGAAAAGUCGAUGCUGCGCGCAAACUGUUCGACGAAAUGCCCACCAAAGACGUUGUCACGUGGAACUCCAUGCUCUCCGCCUACUCACAAAACGGUCUUAUCCAACAUUCCAAAACACUCUUUCACUCCAUGCCGCUGCGAAACGUCGUUUCCUGGAACUCCAUCAUUGCCGCGUGCGUCCAAAACGACGACCUCGAUGACGCUUUUCGCUACUUCGCCGCGGCGCCGGAGAAGAACGCUGCCUCGUACAACGCCGUGAUCUCGGGACUAGCGAGGUUCGGACGCGUGAGGGACGCGCAGAGGCUCUUCGAAGAGAUGCCGCAUCCGAAUGUCGUGUCGUAUACUGCCAUGGUCGAUGCGUACGCCAGGGUGGACGGUGGGAUUGGGCGCGCGAGGGCGCUGUUCGAAGCGAUGCCUCGGAGGAACGCGGUAUCGUGGACUGUGAUGAUCAAUGGGUUGCUGGAGAAUGGGUUGUAUGAGGAAGCACGGGAAGUGUUUGGGAGAAUGCCGCAAAAGAGUGAUGUGGCGAGGACCGCUAUGAUUACUGGGUUUUGUAAACAAGGGAAGAUGGAAGAGGCCAGAGCUUUGUUUGAAGAGAUUCGAUGCAGAGAUCACAUAUCUUGGAAUAUAAUCAUAACGGGUUAUGCUCAAAAUGGGAGAGGGGAAGAGGCACUGAAUUUGUUUUCACAUAUGAUGAGGACUGGUAUGCGACCAGAUGACGUGACUUUUGUUUCAGUUUUCAUUGCCUGUGCCAGUCUUGCAUCACUUGAAGAAGGAAAACAGGUGCAUGUUCUUGUAAUUAAGCAUGGCUUUGAGUCACACUUGUCGGUGAGUAAUAAUCUGAUUACUAUGCAUAGCAAAUGCGGUGCCAUUGUUGAUUCUGAGCUAGUUUUUGGACAAAUUUCCCAUCCAGACCUAAUUUCAUGGAACACUAUCAUUGCUGCCUUUGCUCAGCAUGGUCUCUAUGACAAAGCACGCUUCUACUUUGACCAGAUGGUGUCAAUCGGUGUUCAACCUGAUGGCAUAACUUUUCUGAGUUUAUUAUCUGCGUGUUGUCGUGCUGGGAAAGUCGAUGAGAGCAUGAAUCUAUUCAGUUUGAUGGUUCAUAAUUAUGGCAUUCCACCAAGACCUGAACACUAUGCUUGCUUAGUUGAUGUGAUGAGUCGAGCAGGUCAGUUGCGCAGAGCUUGCAAAAUAAUCCAUGAAAUGCCAUUCAAGGCAGAUUCCAGCAUCUGGGGUGCUGUGCUAGCGGCCUGUAGUGUUCAUUUAAAUGUGGAAUUGGGGGAACUGGCAGCUACAAGAAUUUUGAAUUUGGAUCCUAAUAAUUCUGGUGCUUAUGUUAUGCUGUCUAAUAUAUAUGCUGCUGCUGGCAAGUGGAAGGAUGUUCAUAGAAUCAGGGUUCUGAUGAAAGAGCAAGGAGUUAAGAAACAAAGUGCUCAUAGUUGGUUGCAGAUUGGAAACAAAGUCCAUUAUUUCGUUGGAGGAGAUCCAUCACACCCUAGUAUUAAUGAUAUUCAUGUUGCUUUAAGGAGGAUAACAUCACAUAUGAAAGUAAAAGGUGACUCUGAAGAUUUUUUAUUGAGAAAUUCAACUAGUAGUGGUCCAUAUUAAGAUAUAGGAUUCUCUCACCAUAAUUUCCCAAGUUAUAUUGUCUAUACAACAUUAUUUAAGAACACUCUUUGUUAGUUCCGAAUUAUUGCAUGCUACCCAAAAGGAGUGACAUUGUCAUAAACAGGAUCUACAUAAACAUAACAAAUGAAAAAGAAAUGAGGAAGAAAACAUCAACCAUAGAUCAAUUAAGCCCUUCAUUUUAUUUUUUUUUAUCUUGUUUGUAAUAUUACCCUAGUUUAUACUUUU